AUGUCUACUAUGUCAACCACCACAACCAACAAACAAGCAUGGCAAAAUUUCCGAGGUGUCCAGCAGCAUCUGGUCCAAGCCGCUAAGGAAGCCCAGGGCAAGAGGGCUUACUUUGACCUUGUUAAGGCCCAGAAGGCACACACCUGGACCGGCGCCUACCAACCACGCCCGAAGCCUGGUCAAGCCUUCCACCACUGCCGCAAGCACCAAUAUGGGUGGAACAAGUCGCGCCCCAUCGACUGCCGGUUUGCAACUCUGGACGAGAGUACAGGCGCCAUCCGUUUUGACGGCGAUGCGGCCAUCGCAGAGCGCGACCGCGUCCACGACGCAUAUGUGCAGCUUAGUGCUGCAUAUGCCUGGGAUAAGGACGGCGUUUCCUGGCCGGACGUUAUAAGAAUGAGUUUCCUUUGCUCGAUAUGA